AUGUCAUUCACAACAAAGAUUGAGGUAACUAAAGCAGAUGAUUCGCGUCACAGCAAUAGGUUAAGGAAGACAGAGUUCAGCCUAGUUCAACUCAAGAAUACGUGGAAGCGCAGAACUGAGAAGUGUUUGAGUCAGAAUGACAAGGGUCGUGUAUCAGCUGCCAAAAUUUUUGAAAGUGUCACUGAACAUGGACACUCCUGGACUGUGGUCAGCCCCAUCAUCUUCACUUACAAGGUCGUCCAGUCCCAGAACCUGCUGGACCCCAGCAACGACACCCUCUUCAGUGGUCACAUCAGGGACCCGCAUCAGCUGGAGGCCUUCAAAAGCAACACCAAGCCAGUCAAGCGCUUUGUGGUAAUCGACGAGACCGUGAACAACAUCUAUGGCAGCCAGGUCAUCAAAUACUUUGAGGCCCGUAAUGUCAUAUACAGGAUCCUCCCACUGCCCACCACAGAGGAAAACAAGUCCAUGGAGCUGGUGAUGAAGAUCCUGGAGGAGGUUCACAGGUUCGGCAUAGACAGGCGUACAGAGCCCAUCAUUGCCAUCGGUGGAGGAGUUUGCCUGGACAUUGUGGGCCUGGCCGCUUCGCUGUACAGACGACGCACCCCUUACAUUCGCGUCCCAACCACCCUGCUGUCCUACAUUGAUGCCAGUGUUGGGGCAAAGACGGGUGUCAACUUCGCCAACUGCAAGAACAAACUGGGCGGUUAUAUCCCACCUGCAGCUGCUUUCUUAGACAGGUCUUUCAUACAAACGAUCCCUCGGCGGCACAUCUCAAAUGGCCUAGCGGAAAUGUUAAAGAUGGCUCUAAUGAAACACAAAGGCCUGUUUGAGCUGCUGGAGACUCAGGGCAGGUUCUUACUGGACUCCAAAUUCCAGUCCAGUAAUGGGCUUGGGGACCACAAAGAUGCUGCCUCAGUAUCCACCAGGGUUGCAAUAGAGACCAUGCUGGAGGAAUUGGCUCCAAACCUGUGGGAGGACGACCUGGACAGACUGGUGGACUUCGGUCAUCUCAUCAGUCCAGAGCUGGAAAUGAAGGUGCUGCCAGCACUUCUCCAUGGUGAGGCUGUGAACAUUGACAUGUCCUUCAUGGUCUACGUGUCCCGUGAACGAGGUUUCCUGACGGAGGAGGAGACCGCCCGCAUUAUCCGCUGCAUGCUGCAGCUAGAGCUUCCCGUGUGGCACGAGACCUGCACCCUAAGUCUGAUUCGCAAGUCCUUGUGCGAGCGCCUGCAACAUUCUGGCGGCCUUGUCCGGAUGCCUCUGCCUACAGGGCUGGGCCAUGCAGACAUCUUCAAUGAUACCAGUGAUGAAACCCUUACCAGAGCUUUCGAAAAGUGGUACAAGGAACUUAACUCAAGGGACCACGCCAUACAUGAGACCAUGACACUGAACCUCUCUCAGCAUGUGUAG